UAAAUUUCUUCUUAUCUUUUUCACCACCCAAAACUAAUCCCAAGCAACAACCACUUCAUUUCGCAAUCACCUUAUAAAUACCAAACAUUAUAUCAAACUCUCAACAAACACACCAAACUAGUCCCCACCUGCUCAGCGACCUAUAGCCUUUCUACAUUUUUUUAUCAAACAAAUUGAAGCUGAGUGAGAAAAAUGAAUACACAGACUUGCCUCGUUUUCUUCUUCUCUUCUCUAAUCAUCACAAACAUAGCCUUAGCGCAAGACCGAGCUCCUCACGGGUUGGCUUAUGAGACCCCAGUGGCGUUUUCACCUUCUGCAUUUGACUUCUUUCACGCGAAACCACAAAACCAUGAUGCAACUUCAGAGCCUUGCGCUGAAUCCGGCUGCUCGCCUCUCCCAGUGUCUGCAAAGGUUCAAGGAGCUUCUGAAAAAGCACAGAAAAGCGAGAUAGCAACAAUGUCAAUUGGUUCGAGAAGCGGAACGGGAGCUGGUGGUGUGGUCGGGAUCAUCUUUGGAAUUGCGUUUGCCAUGGUGAUGUGAACCAUUCUAGUUCCAUCCAACCUCUAGUGUUUUAAACUGAAAUUAUGAUAGAUUAUAUAGCUAGACUUUGAGUUGAUAUGUGUGUUUUUUCCUCACCUUUUCUUGAAGCUUGUAUUUAGAUUUCCAUAUCCAUUGGUUAAUAGGAGAGUAUUCGACUGUCUAUCGUCAGA